UUGAAAAGAAAGAUCGGCGUGAUUAUUUUGAAAUAGGUUAAACUAUUUCUUAAAUUUCAAGUCUUUGACUUAAUUAUCUCAGUUUGCUGUAGUAAUAAGUAACGUUUGUGUGGACUUAAGAAGAAAAUACGGUGGUUAUAAAUACAUGCAUAUAUACAUUAAUUGUGAUGGAAUUUUCGACUACUAGUAUUUAAUAUAACAGUUGGAUUGUUUAAUAAUUUCAUUCAUCGUGUGGUACGCACUUAAACUAAGUUCUUGGAAUAAGUUAUAUUUUAAAAUGGAAAACAUCAGGUUCAACAUUUUAGCAUGGUUUUGUGUGAUGUCUCUUGUAGGAAAGUCUUUAUCGAACCAGGACAUAUAUACUAUCAAUAUGCAUGAAAACUGUGGUGGUAAAAUAAACUUGAGAAGAGAGUCGGUGUUCACUGCCAAUGUCGAGUUCCGUCCCUCACAGAUCACAGCAAAUAACCUUAACCCCUUGAGUUUCACUAGAAACAACGGUAUCGAUGAUCAUGGCGACCUUCCCGCUGACGUCAUUCGUCACCAUGGCGAGGACGAAGAACUUCUCUGCGAGCUUACCAUUGAGAGCUGGGACUUUCAGAACAGACUGCUCGUGCAUUUUGAGGAGGUGAAUCUGGGUCAAGGUCAAGGUCAUCAGUUAUGUAACAACGGCUUCCAUCUUGAAUUGAUAGACGGCCCGGAUCGUGGUUCGCCAGCUCUUUUUGGCGUUUCGAACUCCAUCUGCUCUGUCGAGGAGGAAAAAUUGCUGGAGAGGUCUUUUAUGACGUCAGCCAAACAUCUGACAUUCCGUUACCAUGGCAAACAGUUAGCUGAUACAGAUUCUGUUGUCAGAAUCGUCGUCGUGGCUUUCCGAAAUGGCCCAUGCCUAUCGUACGAGUAUGGCUGUUGGACCGGUCACUGUAUCAUGGAGGACCUAGUCUGUAACGGGCACAACCCCUGCGGCGACCACUCAGACUGCCCCAUCAGCGUACGGACGGCGGAAGUGGUCGGCUCGGAGGACGACGAAAACAUCCCCCUGGUCGUGGGCGUCACUGUGACCUCCACGCUCAUUCUAAUCAUCGGAGUCGCGAUGUUGUGUAGAUGGUACUAUGUUAGCAGAAAACACAGGCAUCUAAAUCGGCCAUUCACGUUCGAGCUGCCAGUGCGGGGGCGGCCCGCCUCGGCCAUCGAUGAGACAACACCGGCCAUCCAGCGUUCCGUCAGCCAGGUGGAGGCCAUGAGACGAAACGCGCCGCCCUCCUACUCCCAACUACCGAUCCUUGAACAGGAGCACGAGACGGACGCGGAGGAGUCGUCUGUCACUACACCGGAAGUUGAAAACUGCCUCGAUCCGGAUAACCAAAACCCGCCGUCUUACGUUUGCGUAAUGCUACAUCGAGAAGAUUACCACGUGUCGGUGACGAGUCUAUCACGUGACAAAGACACUAGACAUAAAACCUGAUAAAUGCACGCAUACUCCAAGUUCAUAAAGACUUCUGAUUAUGGUGCGAAAUCCCUGGUACCGAUAGCUUAUGAUUUGACGUAGAAAUGUAGACAAUUAAAAUGACUGAAAGAUUAUUAUACGUGUCGUGGGCUAUAACGCUAAUAUUGGUACUUUUAGGACGUAUAUGUUACAUGCGUGACAUAAGAACAUUCAAUACAAGAAGAUAUCAUCUUAUCCGGUGCUGGUUGUGACACAACACUCGUAUCAACUCGGCCAUCUCCGGCAAGCAUCGAGAUAGACAUUUAUGUUGGAUACUGACCGAGGUGUUCCGAUUGGUGACACAAAUGUUGAUCGUUCAACGAUGUUGUCAAAUUAAGUUUGUAUUUCUCUUGCCCAAGCUAUUUGACAAGUGCAGUGAUUGACAUGAUUGCUUCUGCAUAUGAUCGAUAUGCUGUGUUUUCAAACUUUAUCAAAUGAAAAAGUGUUUUUCUCACAUAGCGAUCAAAACAUAAUCGUAAAGUGGCGUCCAGCGAGAAAUCCGAUGUCGCGUUAGUCGGGACGGUACCAAACUGUGAUAGCUUGAUUGGUAGAAUAGGUCUACAUAUUGUCUCUGUUUAACACUCAAAGUCACAGUUGCUUGAAGUGUGUGUGACCUCUUGACCUCAUUUUUUUAAAUAACACUUUAUUUAUCAAAAUGUAUUGCGUUUUAUGUUCUUAAAACUGCACUCUCACAGAUUUACCAUUUUUACAACUUUUUUUGUCUUAGAAAGGGCAAAUAUCUGCGUAAAUAUCUGCAAACCAAUGAUAAAAGAUUGCUGACAAAAGGUCAGAUCGCAGAUUUUCAUAUUUCCGUUCGAAAAUUAAUGUUUUAUGGCUUAAACCGUUACUAACGGUUUAAGAAAAAGGCAUAAAACAUUAUUUUUUGAACUUAAAUAUCAAAAUCUGUGAUUUAAUUUUUUGUCAGCAGUCUUAUAAAACUGGUUUCUAUGGACGUUCGCAAAAGUGGCUCGUUCCAAGACAAAAAAAUAAUAUAAAAAGUUGUCAAAACGUUCAAUCCGUGAGAGUGCAGCUUUAAUAUUUAGCUCAACUUAACUCAACUUAACACACUUUAUUGCAUGAAAUGUAUCAUGCGUUUUGUUUAAUUGUUAUACCGAGAGGUCACAUCGGGUUCACAGGUCGAGGUCACAUCUGUGGGUAUUCACAUUUCUGUGGAGUAGACGCACAAUAUGAAUACAGUCAAACCCCGUUGGCUCGAACUCCAAGGGACUGCCGAAAUACCUCGUGCCUUAGAAAAAUCGAGGCGGGAAAGCUUACCUUCAGUAUAUAUAGAAAUCGGUCCUUUAAAUCCAGUUCGAGCCAACGAGGAAUUCGAGCCAAGCGAGUUUGAGCCAACGGGAUUCGACUUCAUUUGCAUUUUCACCAUACUUUAUGAUGUAAUAACAGUUUUGAAAGCCAUAGCUUGCCUUUUAUAGAUAUGUGCAUGGAUAUUUGUAUUGAUAUACUGUAGUGAUUUUUUCAUGAUUUUUAAACAUACUGCCAUUUUAAAUCAUACCGGUACGCAAACAUAUAUGUUAGUUCUAUUUCUAGACUUUUUAAA